AUGAAGAGAAAGAAAAAGAAAGAUGAAAACAUUGCUGCGAGGAAGGCAAGAGAAGAAGCUGGUGAAGCUACUUCUUCUGUCAGCAACAAAUCUGAUGCUGUGCUAGUUCCUGUACCAAAAACAGUUCCAAACAUUGCAAACAUUGGAAAAAGAAAACAGUCAAAUAGCCAGGAUGGCAACAAUAAGAAGGCAAGGAAGGUUGAUACAAGGAGGGCUGCUCAAGGAGCCAGUCCUGCUGUUGCUACUACUGUUACUGUUACUGCCACUGCAAAAAGGAGAAAGCGAAAGAAGGCUGCAGCUGCUUCUAGUGCAAAUUCUGUAGUACAAAUGACUUUGAAUGUUGGAAAAAGGCAGCAGUCAGAUAGGCAGGAUGAUGGCGACAAGAAAACCCCAGAGAAGGCGAAGAAGGUUGCUGCGGCUGCUGAAGAAGGUGCUGUUGAUGCCAUGGAAAAGGCAGCAAUGAUUGUUCCUGCUUCAAGAGCUGUCGCUGCUGCAACUUCCGGCAAAAAGCGAAGUGCUAUGAAGAAAAAGGCACAGCGCAAAAAAGUUUGUGGGAGAAAAUUGCAAGGAGAUAACAAUGCAACAAAAGAAGCAAAUCGCAGAGUAAUGGAUACUGGUAGAGCACAAGUAGAGCAGCAUGCUGGUGUACCAAUCAUGCGGUACAAUCUACGACAUCCAGUCGGACCAAGGCCUCCAUCUUUGAAAGAGCAAAAGAAGAUGAGAGAUGAGAAAAGAAUUUGUUGA